CUUCGCAGUUAAAAUCAGUUGGUGUAGUAACCGCCCGUCGCGCGAGCAACAGCCGUGAGCGCGCGGUUUAGGAGGAAAACGUCGCGUCGGAGCGUAACGCUUCCACGAGAGGACAUGGCACAUUCGACGCUAGUUAGAAAACAAAAGCGAAUGAGGCAAAAACAAGCGCGGGCAACCGCAACUUCACGCUGAGGGCGAUUUAAAGCCCUUCGCAAAAAGUUUCGCUGACGUCAUACGUCAGCUAUAACGACCGAAGCUUCGCGUUCGCCGUCGGUGUGCGUGCGUGUGUUUGUUAGCUUGUCUGUCUUUAAUCAUUAAAAGCGGACGGAAUGGGGGCCAAACAGAGCAGUCCCGCUGAAAACGGCCGCACACGGGCGUACUCUAGCUCGGAUCUCCCUUCGAGUAACGGCGGCAGAACGGCGGCGAGGUUUCCCGCUCACGGCGCCUCAGGUGCUGCGUCUUCCUCCUCGUCGUCGUCAGCGGCGGUGUCCUCGCACUAUGCCGGCUCCAGAACGCGCUCCGUCGGGGAACGCACCGGUGGACCGGCCGCAAGACCCCAGUCGAGCAUUAAUAUACCGACCUCGGGAGCGUACAGUUCUCAGGACUCCGGUAACAGCACACCGGAAGACAGCGGCGGGGAGAGAGAGCGGUCAACCGGCGCUCCGAGACUCUUGAUCGGAUCUUUACCUGCUCACCUGUCGCCUCAUCUCUUCGGAGGUUUCAAGUGCCCCGUCUGUGCCAAGUUUAUCUCUUCAGAUGAAAUGGACCUUCAUCUGGUCAUAUGCUUGACCAAACCUCGAGUGACGUACAACGAGGACGUCUUGGGGAAGGACACGGGAGAAUGUGCAAUAUGUCUGGAGGAGCUGGUGCAGGGAGACACCAUCGCACGCCUGCCCUGCCUCUGCAUCUAUCACAAAGGCUGUAUUGACGAGUGGUUUGAAGUGAACCGAUCGUGUCCUGAACAUCCUUCAGAUUAAAAGCACCUCUCGCACCUUUGCACAGCCUCCUGGUCGUGAGAAGCGCAUCAAUGUGAAUCCUCUUCCUCCUCAUUGACACUGUGACUUUGGUCUCGGGACUUCCUGUUUGCCGAACGCCCCUCUCUUAGCACAGCCCUCCCUAGUCGCCAUAUAAACUCUAGUGUGCCAAAACUCAUUCAGGGAAACUCUUUCCACAUCACAGUCCUAAAGAAGAAACCCCAGGGCGGGCGAGAGCUUCUACUCCAGCGCACCAUCGUCCAAUCAGGAAUGAUGAAGAAGGCGGAUCUUAGGAAGGUCAUUUCAUUGGUGUCUCUGAUUAGCCGGACUCAGGAUCAGCUAACUGUUUGGACGAUUAUCGGAUGAUCACGGUGGAUUGUUCUGUCUCUCUCAGUGCCUUAACUUUCAGAUCCCACGGGCCGAAGUGGCGGCUACGUUUCGAUGGACUCGGAGAAAGACGCCUGGAUGUGACGGGACGUGAGCCCUGAUUCGGGUCGGCCCAGAGCCAUACUGACAAGUGCCCUGUAUUUGGUAGCGUCGACACAACUGUUUUUUCUCUCUCUUUCUUCCCGGAUGGAAUAACGUCCCAUGCAUCUGGAGUCUGCUAGCAAUAUCUAUGCUAACGGUUCCAGAUUCACUGUAGCCUGUCACGUGACGUCUGCACUGUCUCAAGAUCAUUUAUGCAAGUGCACCAUGUUUUAUUUGUGUUGACAAAUCUUAGCCUUAAUUCAACACAUGAAUGACUUCUGUGUCUCUUUAUGGAGAGUAAAUCUCAUCAGAACAUCACAAAAGCAGAAGAAAAUAAAAACUAAGUUAUGUUUUGCAUAGAGAAAAUCAAUUUUGGCGGGAAAAUAAAUAUAAUGCAAUUAUUUUUAUUAAAAUCUGGAUAAUUUUAAUGGCAGUACAACAAAUGCUACCAUGUAAAGACAUUUCAAUUUAAUAAAUUAAUGACAUUCAGUGUACUGUUUAUAAUUCAUGCAGAUUUUAUUUAAAGUAAUUACAUUAUUUGAAUAUAUAUAAUUAUACUAUAUAAAUUGAAUGGCUGUACAACAAAUACUACCAUGAUGAAUAAAUGAAUUAUAAUUUUAAUAAAUAAUGCCUACAAUUUUACUCCUUCAGUAUAAGAAGUAUUUGUGAUUAUAUUAAUUAUACUGCUCUUAAAUGCUGAUUUUAAUUAUAUUAAAAAAAAUUGUCUUUCAGUAAUAAAAUAUCACUGAAAUAAUAAAAAAUUGGAAAAACUGUAAAGUAAAAUUUCCAUUUAAAUCGGCAUUAUUUAAUGGCAGUUACAAUUACAAUUUAAAUAAUAAUAUAUACAAUUUAAAUAAAUUGUUUAAGAUUUAGUUUUUUCACUUGAUGACAGAUGUUUUCAUGACAAUAAAAACACAUUUUUCCUGUUUUAGUGCAAGUAUUUAUACAACAUUAUACAUUACAUUUAUUGUACUGCGAUUGAUUUAUGCUGGUUAAAAAACACUGAGAAUAAUAAAUAAUUAAAAGAAAACUCAAAAAUACUACUACUAUAAAUGCAUUACUAUUUGAAUAGACAUUAUUAUAGUAAUUAUUUGAUAUAUAAUUUUGAUUUAUUGAAAAUGUCAGAGACUGAUAUAUGAUCGUCCAUCAGGCCAAAUGAUUUUCAUAUUUCACCUAAAAUCAAAGAAAUUAAUUCUUAGGAUUAUUAAGAUUUGUCACAUACUUUCAUGACAAUUAAACACAUUCUUCUCUCCCCUUUGAUAGUAUUUAUACAUCAUUGUAGUAUCUGUUGUACUGCUGUUAAUUUCAAUAACCAUUGUAUUCCAGUAAUAAACACUUGAAAUAAUAUUUAAAAAAGAAAAACUCGAAAGCAAAAUGCUGAAUGUGCCUGAUUGUUGUGGAAAAAAAAUUGUCGCAAAUCUUAAUGCUCCUAAAAAGAUUUUUCUUCAUGUAAAAUCUAAUUGUUUUUGUAUGUUUGUGAUGAAAUGUGAUUCAGCUGAGUAAUUCUCUCUGCGUUUGUCUUAAAUCCACCUGUAGAUGCUGGAACGAGGUUAGAUUCUCUUACGAUCUUUAGGAUUUAAUCACCAGUUUCUCAAUCAGUUUUUAUAUAAAUCAUGUGUGUGUGAUUGAUAUCAUAAGCACUUUGGGUCACAUUUCAGCUGCUUUUCUCAAGAUCCACAUUAUGUUUUGGAGAAAGGUGGUCGGUCUUCAGUAGGGCUUGACGCUGCUAACUAGUUUUUAUUUUUUAAGUUACUAAUCACAGAUUCUAUAAGGGAUUUGUUUGUUUGUUAUUACUCAUUAAUCUCGUUUCCAGUCUCAAGUAAGAGUUUAUCUGAAGGCUUACCGAAGUCGACCUGGCAUAUAAAAGGUGCCAUAUAAUAGCUUUAAAAUGCUGCUAAUCGUGUACGUCAAUGGCGAUGAGAACCGAUUUCGAUGUUAGCUUCAUUACAGCAGUUUUCUGAUCAUAGAAGAUGUGCAUGGGAAACACCACUAUUUUUAAAAAGCCUUACCAGAUUUUACAGCAUUUGAAAACUUAUUUUACGAGAUAUCAUUUAGGUAAAUAAUAAAUCCAUGUUUUGCUGCUUUGUGCAAACUUCUGUUUCCAGCAGAUCUGAGCCUGAUUGUCAAAUCAAAGCUUUUGAUACACAUGACUGUGUUUUGUUUGUUUAAUUUGCUACUGAAAUCCAUCAGGUAACGAUCUUUCAGAUCUAGUUCCAUCCUUACAGCAGUCGAGAGGAACUUAACUAGUUACAAAAAAUUAACUUCCUGAAGAGAUGCAAACGAGGGAAACUAAAGCUUGGUAUGUGUUGGAUCUCGAUGUGAAAGGUUAACCGUGGCCACCGGGAUGAUCAAAGUUUAUUUUUUACUAUGGUUUAGAGAUAUUGUAACAUUCCAUAUGUGUAAAAACAAAAUAAACUAUGUACAGAAAUAAUGAGAUUAAAAAAAGCAAAAUCUUA